GGUCGGUCCGGUCGUCUCCAGAGCAUUACUCACAUUGCUUACGACUCCAAGUCCAAGAAGAAGAGGUCAACCGUCAACGUUAACGUUAACGUUAAAAUGAUAAAAUAAAACCGAACACCAAAGCCCAAAGCCGAAGUUGAAGUUGAAGUCGUAGAAGAAACCGCUCUCAGCUAACAGCUCACAGCUAUAUUUGAUAUGAGAUAGCGAUUUAAUGUAAAUCAAAGAAAAACAAAAAUAAAUUAAAACAAAACAAGAAACCGAAACCGAAAACAAAAACAAAAAUAAAAACAACAUAAAAAUAUCUCGAUUUGUGUGUAUCAAACAUUUUACGUGGUUUCCCAUUCCCGUCCCGUUCGUCCGGAUCCUUCCGUAAUCGUCGUCGUCGCAGUCGUCGUCGUCGUAGUCGUCCGUCGUCGUCUAAUUGUCAUUCGUUAUUUAGUCGGUGUAUGCGCAUCAGCAUCUUACGGUAUAUUUCUAGUGUUCUUAAGUGUUUCUUUAGUUAGUUUCUUUUAUUUUUGUGUUCGUCGUUUUCUUUCAUUUUCUUUCGUUUUUCUUUUUUGAAUUUUUUGAAUAUCGUUAUUUAUUCAAUUUAAUGUUUUUUCCGUUUCGACUGCACUUAAAAAAAAUCAAGAAUUAACAAAGCAAAAACAAAAACAACAAAAAAAGCGCGAAAACAAACAACAUCAGCAGCAGCAGCAGGAGCAGAGGCGGCGGUAGCGGUAGUGGCAGAGCAGCAGCAGCGCAGCGUAGAGAAACGGAAUGACCUUCGCGACCGCUACUCAUUCCAUUUACAUUUUUUCCUCUUAUUUGUUGUUGUUGUUUUUGUUGUAGUCAUCGUCGUCGUCGUCGACGGAACAAACAAACAUUUACCUCUUGCAAGAAGGGGGCGAGAGAGAGGAAAGGUAAAUAAGUGCAGCUCCAAGACGAGCGAAGAUACGAGAGAGAGAGAAAGAGAGAUAUUCAGCUAUCUAAUCUAUGGAGUAUGGACUGCUGAAUGGCGUUGUCGUCGCUUCGGACGGUCGUCGUCGGUGAGGCGGUGCGGUGAGUCAAUUGGACGUUAAUUCGGUAAAGUGAAGUAAAGACGACGACGACGACGAGAAGAAGAAGGAAGGUAACGUAAACAUCAUAGCUAAAGGUGGCUCUUGGUUUAUCGAUUUGCUCUGCGCAGUUUGUCACACAUUUUAACUGCCAUCUCCCUCUCUCUGUGUUUGCAUUAAGUGUUUGAGGGAGCAUUGCAAGGUACGAACGAAGCGAAGCGAAGAAUGUAGCCCGCAACAACCAACGCAACGGUGCAGAGGGAGAACAACAGACAGCAGAAACACAGUGUGUUUUAUUGUUUUGUUUGAAGUCGUGAAUUUGUGUUUGUGCUUGUUACAUGGAAACGCGAUUCGAUUUAGAAGACGGAAAAACAAAUUUCCAUUCGUUUGCAAGUCAAGUCAACGCGAUUGCGACCGCGAGAGAGGACAGAAGAAGGAGCAAAUUGCUACCGCUCGCUGUCACUAGACUUAGACUGUCCGCCCUGCCCCGCCCGCUGUCACCAAUUAACAACAAAGUCAAGUCAUCACCGGUGAUAAAACAAAAAAACAUCAGAAUCAGAAUCAGACGACUAUCAAACGAAACGCGUAAACACGAUUAAAUGCGUCGCAAGAUUGUGAAAUGUGAAUUUUAAACUUUAUUUGUUUAUUAUUUUUUGUUUUUCAUUAUUUGUCGUAAACAACAACUUUUAAAAAAACAACAACAACAGAAAGACUAAACUUUUUCGUAUUUUUGUAUUCGUAUUUUUAAUAUGGAAUGGUCAAUGGACGAUGCUUUGCAGUUGAUCGAACAGUAUCGUGUGCAUCCGGAAUUGUGGAACAGAGCUUAUCCGAAGUACAAAGACAAACUGUGCAGAUUCCGCGCGUGGUCGAAUAUUGCAGAGGCAUUUGGUUGCAGCAAAGCAGAGGUGGAACGUAAAAUGAAUGUACUGCUGACGCAGUAUCGGCGCGAAAAACAUAAACUUUUGAUGAAAUUAUACGAGGGUAUCACGCCGGGACCCUCCAAGUGGUAUGCAUUUAAACGUUUCGAGUUUUUAGAGGGUGGUGGUGGCGCCGAUGCAUCAUUGUCAAUGGGGGUUAGCCGGAGGAAGAGUCGUGAUAUGAAAUAUUUUAAUACGAUGGGACUAGGUUUGCCUUUACUUAUAGCCAAUAGCCAAAGUCUCACCGGAUGGAAUGGUGGUGGUCCUUUUUCGCCACCUAACGAUAGGAAGAACCUCUGUCCCAUACCAAUUGGUUUUCCCAACGUCCAAAACACAUCCGAUCUACUCAACUCACGCAACAAUCCCUUCAAUCACACCCAAACUCAGAAAAACGAAAAUACCACCGAGACCAUUGAAAUCGAUGAAAAGGACGACGACGAGCGCCAGACAACACCAGCCGCUACUGCCAGUCGCGAUACCACAUCAGCUGCAUCUGUAGGAGGAGGUGGAGGUGGAGCUGGUAAUUUUUCAGCUCAACAAGAUAAUGAUGAAGAACUCGAAAUCAAACAGGAAAUGUCCGAUUUCGCACAUCACCCGCCCUUAGGUCGCUCCGAUUCGCAUCGAUCGUACAACAGUUCGCCGGACGAUAACAGAACCGAAAACGAUGACUUUGCCCAGGACCUUCGCGUGAGUGCAGCAGCACAAGGCAUCGAUUUUAGUCGUUACACGCUGGCCCGUGGUCUGUUGCAACAAUCGGAACGAUAUGAUACCAAUUGUUCUCCCCCGCCACCACCACUUCCAACCAUGUCCUCACGAAAGCAACAGACCAAUCAAAUGCACUCGAAUGCCCAACAACAAUCGGGGAUGACAACAUCGGGAAAUGGCAACGAACAGGACGAUUGUGACUAUGUUGGCUCGAAUGUUUCCAUAAAGCUACGUUCAAUGGAGCGCACUCAAAGGAUAAUCGCCGAAAAACUCAUCAGCGAGGUAUUGUUUUAUGGGCAAAUUGCUGAACUCGAAAAGACUGCUAAAAUACAACCCAAGUGAGUUGUGGAGUGGAUUGGAUGGAAAUGUGUGUAAUAAAGAAAUAUACAUACAUACAUAUGUUUAAAACUGUGAUGACUCUGGAUGGAGAACAGAGCGAGGAUGGUUUGGUCAGCUCUGGAAUUGUAGGUUGAUUCCUUCCAAAACUCUCGCUUGUCCAUAAUAAAUUUUAUUUUAUUUUAUUGUAGUUAAUAUUUUCUUUUUUUUUUUGUUACCUAUUAUGUAAACAUUAUGCUUUUUGUAAGACUGUUGCAUUUAAUUUUAAAAUGAAAAUAAAAUUAGAGUAGGUACAUAAAAUGUAUGUACAUAAUAUAGAUAUUGUAUGUAUAGGCCUCUGAAAUUUAAGACGACUGUAGAAUACGUAAUAUGUUUGUAUGUACAUGUAAAGUUAUUUAAUACAAUUAUUACCAACAAUCAGAAAUUGAUUAAAUAAUAAUAUGGUUUUGUUAUA